AUGUCACCGAGCUGGCUAGCAAACGAAAAGGGGGAUCCCAACCAGGAUGUGGGAGUCGUCCCUAACCCGAACCCGACCAUCACCGGUCCGUGGACGGUGGAUAAGGUGCUCGACACGAUCCCUACAGGCAAACCGGCAGAAGGGACAAGUUCGCCAAUUGGGUACUUCCACAUUCUCGAGCGCCUGAAGACGACGAAGCGGGAGGGUUGGCGGCGGUUUGGGAUCGACCGGGGCGAGUCCAUCUCGGACCACAUGUACCGGAUGUCCAUGAUGAGCAUGCUCGCGCCGCCGGCUCUCGCAGCGCGGCUAGACAUGGCCAAGUGCAUGAAGAUGUGCCUGAUCCACGACAUGGCCGAGUCAGUCGUCGGCGACAUCACGCCCGUCGACGAUGUCACCAAGCCCGAGAAGAGCCGGCGCGAGGCCUCGACCAUGGACUACAUCACACAGCGGUUGCUGGGCAAGGUGGACGGUGGCAGGGUCGGAUCUGAGAUCCGCGCCAUUUGGCAGGAGUACGAAGACUCGCAGACGCUCGACAGCCUCUUCGUGCACGACAUUGACAAGAUGGAACUGCUCCUGCAGAUGGUGGAGUACGAGAAGCGCGGCAAGGGGCGGCUCGAUCUGGGAGAGUUCGCCUACGUCAAGACCAAGAUCGUGCUGGACGAGGUGAAGGCGUGGGCCGAGGAGAUCAUGAAGGAGCGCGAGGAGUUCUGGGCCGGGCAGGCCCAUGUCCAUGGCGAGGCGGGUGUGGAGGGCGGCGUCGCACCCGAAAAGGCAGCGAUGCAGGAUGCAUACUACAGAAAGGAGUAG